AUGGCCACCAGCACGAUUCAACCACAGCCGUUGACUGCACCUCUAAACGAGGACGCCAUCGCAUCUCUUCAGGCUCUGGCCAAAGACAGAACCCUGACUACAAAACUAGCGAAGUAUCUCAAAGACGCCUCCGAUCAUCUUGCCCAGACGGUCGACCAACUCAACGAGAUAGGCUAUGACCGACGCAUCAGACAUGACAGACACCGAAAGCGACGGAACGGAAACGAUGGAGGCCACGACGAUGCUGAUCGGGAGUUUGAAGAGUUCCAAAGCAAAGUAGACACUCUCACGAACAAAAUGGACAUGAGCAUUCGCGCGAUAGUAGACAAUCAGAUUUGGCUAGAAGAUCUACCCAACGCGAUCAAGGAGGCGGCAGGGAGAGCAGAACUAUCGUCCACGCAGACGCAGCAAUCAUACAAUCCCACACCUCUCUCUACUCGGCGCACCGUACCUGACGACGACGACGAGGAAGAAGAUGAUGAUGACGACGAAGACCAUCCACCCCGAACCCGAAACCGAAACUCGACGGCCCAAUCCGCUCCUCACGCAGCCGAUGUGCCGCACGUUCUGCUCUCCGCGGCCCUCCAGAAACAACAACGAGAGUGGUCCAGCAAGACUCCCACCGAGAAGUACGCGCACCACAAUUUCUACGCGGGCUUCAAACGCAUGCUCUACGACGCCCUGCACCCAGGCGAGGAGCAACCGCCCAUGCCUGACCCCGGUCUCUGGUUCGCCGCCGAGGAAGGCCGUGACAUCCUCCUCUCCCAACGGGUCCGCCGCGGCGGUGACGACUCCGAGGAGAGCGAUGUCGAAAUCGCCCGAGAGACAACCCGGAUCAAAUGUCCCAUCACCCUUCUUCCGUUCCAAGACCCCGUCACGUCCGAAAAGUGCAAACACUCGUACGAAAAGGAAGCCAUCUUCGGCAUGCUCCGCACUUCGCGGGAAUACGCACUUCUGGGGGCCGACCAGCUGCGCGAACUAAGCCAGAUCCCCAACCGGGUGGAACGGUCACGUCGCGAGCGGGAAAUGCAGAUUCGCACAGUCAAGUGCCCCGAAUGCAAUGUCCCGCUCACCGAGGACGAUCUCCAACCGAACCUGGCCCUGAAGCGCCGGGUGCAGAGACACCUCGCUCUCCUGGCCAAGAAGAACCGCGACGAGACAGCGACGAGCGACGUCGACGAUGACGACGAAGAUGGAGACGGACCAGGCGUCCGUGGAGCGCGACAAGGCACGCUUCGAAGACCUGUCGGUCUCGGGUCGAGCCCCGUGGUUGCGUCUACUGCGAAGAGCAAGAAACAGUUCAAGGCAGAGAGACUCUCCGGCGUUGGUGGUCGACGAGACCCGGGUAGUGCAAACCUACACGGAGAAGACGACGAAGACGAUGACGACGACGAUGAUGAAGGUGAGGGUAGUGGCAGUAGUAGACUAUUGCCUGGGACCCCGUCGAGAAAUCAAUUGCCAGAUUCGACCAUGACGACGACCAUUCUUGAGCUGGGUGACGAUGAUUGA